GUACAAGUUGCGCCUUUCUCUGUCUAAUGUGUUGGGAUGCGGGGCGUGAGAAAGGGACGGGUGCGUUCGCGAGGGCCGUCUAAGUGUUUCGGAUUGGGUGAAAAAGUGUUUCGGGGUCCGCCCUUCGAUGUCGCGCGGCCGGCGGCGCGGGGCGGCGGCGGCCAGGCGGGCGGCCCAGUCAUGCUGCGUCGCUCAGCGGAACCACAGGACACAUACCGCGCGCCGACACACAACAACAAAAAAACUAAUCGUGACACCAAAACAAACAAAAAACUGAUGCUGUGUCUAACCAGCCUACGUGACUAUCCAACUGAAACGUUAUAACGAAACGUGAUCUGUGAUUUUUUAUUUUAUGAAAUUUUUCAUGCGGAUACUUUUUUUCGUUCCUGAAAAUUUUGCUUUGUUUUUGGUUGAAUUUCGGUUGUUGUAGUUAACGUUAAGUGAAGUGAUUACGUUUGGCCUAGUGUUAUGCUCUAAUUUGAAACAUAGUGAAUAAUUCAUUUUCACUAAAACUGAAAUCAGGAUUUACUUUGCCCUCCCCAAGUUCUUGGUGAGCGCUGGUGGGCUUGGGGCCGCCGGCGCGGGGCGGGCGCGCGUGGAUGGUGGCGGGCGACUGGGGCUAUGCGCCGGCGCCGGCCCCCGCCAUGAACGCACUCUUCGAGUCCAACCAUGCGCACCUCGCGUCCUACGGGCUCAAGAUGUCGCCGCAGCAGGCAUGCGCCCCGCGCGCCGCGCCGCCGCCCGCGCCGCACUACCCGCAGCCCUACCCGCUGCACUCCUACCAGCCCGGCUACCUGCGCGACUACGGCGCGUGCGGCGAGCUGUUCCCGCAGCAGGGGCUGGAGCAGGGCUGGGAGUGGCGCGAGCCGGCCUACCAGGCGCCGCCGCUGGGCCCCGCCGCGCCGCACGCCUUCCUGCGCUACGUGCGCGCGCCGCCGCGCCGCGACAUGCGCUGCCAGUGGCUCGACCCCGAGCAGCCGCCGCCGCGCAAGAUGUGCAACAAGCUGUUCUCCUCCAUGCACGAGAUCGUGACGCACCUCACCGUGGAGCACGUGGGCGGCCCGGAGUGCACCACGCACGCCUGCUUCUGGCAGAGCUGCCCGCGCAACGGACGCCCCUUCAAGGCCAAGUACAAGCUGGUGAACCACAUCCGCGUGCACACGGGCGAGAAGCCCUUCCCCUGCCCCUUCCCCGGCUGCGGGAAGGUGUUCGCCCGCUCCGAGAACCUCAAGAUCCACAAGAGGACGCAUACUGGCGAGAAGCCGUUCAAGUGCGAGUACGCGGGCUGCGACCGGCGCUUCGCCAACUCCUCCGACCGGAAGAAGCACUCACACGUGCACACGUCCGACAAGCCGUACAACUGCCGCGUGGCGGGCUGCGACAAGUCGUACACGCACCCGUCGUCGCUGCGCAAGCACAUGAAGGUGCACGGCGCGGCCGGCGACGCGUCGCCGCGCUACGACAGCGACGGCGACGACUCCUCGUCCGCCGGCAGCGUGAGCGUGACCGCCGGCGCCGCCAGCCCCCCCGCCCCCGCGCCGCACCACCCCCCGCACCACGCCUCCAUCGCCGACAAGCUCGAGAGCCUCAACGACAAGUACCUCACCCCGCACGAGCCCAAGCCCUACGAGCGACCGCCCCCGCCCCCGCACCCACACCCGCCGCACCACACGCAUCACCAGCACCAACAACACAUGGACAACAAGCUCGGCUUCUCCGGCCACUGGUCGCAGUACCCCCAGGGCGCGCCGCCCGUGCCGCACGGCGUGCCCGACUGGUGGUGCCCGUCGCAGGAGACCUACCACCACCACCACCACCUCAUGCACCACUCCGGCCCCACGGCCGCCUACUGACCUCACCGCGCUUAGGGAACUCUUCAUUCGACGGCCAGACUCCGCGGCUGAACCGCAUCCAGCUUUACGCAAGCAUCGUAGUGGAGGUUAAUUUCAGUAUCCAAGUAUCUUACGUUGAAUACCGAUCGUUAUUUAUUGUUCCACAUAAAUAUUUUAUCAUUGUUUCGAUAGAUCAUUGGAUACGAGAAGCAACCCGUAAAAUAUGCACUUAGUAGAUAACGCUGGGUGCCGUAAACCCGUGGAAUGAAAAGUUCGCUAAAGCGCUGGGUCCGAUAGCUAUAAAAAUUACGCUUAAUAAUCUAGUUAGAUAUUGAAAUGAAGUUUCUAAAUGCAACAGACAAUAGCCGUCCGAAUGAAUACACAAAUAUUUUCCUAUUUCAAUAAAUGCUUACUGUAAUUUAACAAUGUGUAAACAGCAGAACAAAAUAAGUCUCGUGACAAAAAUGAAUGCUUUAUCUGGGAACAGAACUGAGUUAUAAACAAUGACCACGAAACAAAACGACAAAUAAACUAAAAUUUUACAACACGUCGUAUAUUUUGUGUAUACAGGCCGUAGGAUAAUGUUAUUAUUACAAGUUUCUUUGAGUAAGUACAAAGUUUUGUCAGCAAUACUAUUGUCAAGUAUAGAGUGAAGUUAACAAUCGCGGAUUUUGUCAACUUCCUAUUUCGACAAUGAUUUAUGGCAGGGUUUGUACUCAAAAUAGCAAACAAAGUAUUUGUAUCAAUGCUUGUUUUUUGUUUAAUGACUCUUUUUGUAAAAUUUCUUAGUAUACUAACUCCAAACUCUAUUUUGUGGCCAAUAAAUUGGUUGAGUAUUAAUAUUUACUGAAACGAUGACCGAUAAUAAUCUUCACUGAAACACUGAAACUUCACAUUAUUAAGCAGAAUCAAAUAUCUAGAGAAAAACUGACCGUUGUUUCAUCUUGCAUCUUUAUAUUUAAAAUUAUGCUUUUAGCAUAAUAUGAAAAGUGUUUAAGAAUUCAAUUUUGUGUUAUUUAUAAGUUUUAAUAUGAAUAUGGUAACAUUGUCACGGUCAUUAACAAUUUAACAUACAAACCUGUUUACAGAGCAUCGCCAAAGCUUCGACUCCAUUAAAAUUUGAUAGGUUGUAAACUAUAUUUUGUAGAUAUACCUAGAAUGAAGUAUAAGUACUUAAUUAAUUAACAUAAUGUUUUGUAUAAAUUAUUUAAGAAACAUGCCAAGUGAUAAUAGUAAUAAGGGAUCGAUUUUUAUUGUACCUAUAUUGUCUAUAAAAAUAUUGCUAUUAAAUUGUGCUAUAAAACUAUUUUUUCACAGAUUGACAAUUGUAGAUAAAAGUGUAUAAAGCAUGAUAUUAUAAUAAAUAUUAAAAUUUCAAUGACUGACGGAAUAUUAUAAUGUGUAUUUUUAGGUUACUUAUUUUAAGAUGAUGGAAUUGUUGUUUGUCUUUUCUACAGCCCUGUAAAUAGCGAAGCAAAAAAUAAAUUGACACAUUCAAAAAUUACGUUUCAGUUUAUAUUUUU